AUGACCGACGAAGAGGUCGCAACCUCCGACUCUAUCACCACGCCUAGGAAAUACCCAGUGAAAUGGUACCGCUCGACCUACUUCAACGCCCUGAUACUGGGCUUGUGCAACUUCUUCGCACCGGGAAUCUGGGGUGCAAUGAACUCCCUCGGCGGCGGAGGUGCCUCAAAGCCCUACCUCGUCAACACCGCCAAUGCACUCACUUUCUGCCUUAUGGUGCUCUCCUGCUUCUUCGGCAGUGUGAUCGUGAAAUUCAUCGGCAUCAAAUGGACCCUCAUCGUUGGGACGAUGGGGUAUGCGCCGUACGCUGCGGGGAUCUAUACCCAGGUGCGGUACGAUAGUGACUGGCUGACGCUAUUUGGAGCCGCGCUUUGCGGAAUUUCUGCCGGGCUUUUCUGGAUGGCCGAGUCCGCUAUCGCGCUCUCUUAUCCGGAACCCCAGAACCAGGGCCGGUUUCUGGGUUUCUGGCUUUCCUUCCGGGUUGGUGGGCAGAUCGUUGGCGGGGCUAUCAAUCUCGGUGUCAAUGUCCAUCGCAACACGGCAGGGAGUGUGAGCUAUGUAGUGUACUAUAUAUUCAUCGCGCUGCAGGCCUUCGGUCCCUUUGUGGGUUUGCUCUUGACGAGCCCAGGGAAAGUUGAACGGACAGACGGUGUCCCAGUAAAACUGCGGAUCGCCAACAAUGUCUGGUUCGAGAUCAAAGCGAUGACCAAGCUGCUACUGAGCAAGAAGUUUGUCCUUAUCAUCCCGCUCAUCUGGCAGGCGACAUUCGGUGAGGCCGUCAUGUUUACAUACAACUCGCUUUGGUUCUCGGUGAGGGCAAGAGCACUGGGAAGUUUCGUGUCUGGAAUCAUGGCGAUCGUAUCGGGGAACCUGCUCGGUGCAUUUCUGGAUAGCAAGAUCUCGCUGAAGUUGAGAAGCCGUGUGGGAUUCAUCAUUGUGCUUGGUCUUCAGGGGGCAUGGUGGCUUUGGGGUACGAUUGUUGUCACAGAUUUCCACAAAACGAACCCCGUCUUCGAUUGGAGCGACUCUGGUGAUAGCUAUGGUCACCGUGAUGUGGAGCUAAGAGGCAAUAGGUACUUUAUCGUCGGCAACUUGGCAAAGGAUGAAGAAGAGGUCGUCCGUAUUGCCAGUCUGUUACGUGGUAUGGAGUCUGCCUCGCAGGCUGUUUCGUACGGACUAAGCAGUAUCUCCAUUAUGGCGUCCGUUGGAAGUAUCUAUCUCAACUUCGGCCUGUGGGCACUCGCUCUGUUUCCCGCUUGGCUUAUCAUUAGGGAGAUAGGGGUGUCAUUGGGCGACAAGAAGGUGGAGAGGGAGACGAGGACAGCGAGGGAAGUCAGCGGUGCAGGCGCGCACUGA